AUGUCUGCUCAAACCAACACCUACAUGUCAAUCGACUCCAGCCAGUUGCGCUCGAGUCUGGCUGAGAUCCAGGACGAGAUCAAGCGUGUGUUUGCUGGAAUCCGCGCCGGCAAAAUCCUCGAGAGCUUCGACAUCCUGAGCAAAGUCACCGAUGCAGUUGUCGUCAGCUGCGAGGCUCUCGGACUCGCCACGGAAAAGCCCGUCAUGGAGACCUUUGACCGCAAGGCAUUCUGGCUGUUGCUGAACCGCUGCUGGCUGGUGUCGCUGCAGCACGUAACAGCCGCCAAGUCUGACGAAGACCGGUUACGUGAGGAGCAUAUCGUGCAUCUGCAGCAGUCUGUUGUGCACUGGGGAGAUGCGCUUGAAAAGGUACGGGCUGGUGGACUACGAGAUGGGCUUCUGGGAAUCGGACAUCAUGGACGCACUCGAUAG